UCAUUAUCAGGGAAGUGAUUGUCUAGCCACCAGAACUAGUGCAGAGAGCUGUCACUAUAAGCAUGUGGUAAUGCAAAUGUAGAUGACUUAAAAAGUAGCUAGCAAUGUAAACUAUACUGAUUAGUGUGGAUAAGUGAUGGAUUUAAAGAGGAGCAGUUCCCUUGUCAAACAGCAUUGUUUUUGUUUAAAAUGUAAUAUUUUUAACUUAUAGUUAAUAAUACAAAUAUUCUUUAUCACUCAGACUUGCCCGGUUCACUGACGAAGACCUCAGGCGGGCAGAGGACUUCAUCAGACUGAUGAGGGUUAUGUACACGUCCACCCUCUGCGUUUCUUCGGAAAAGAACCCGACAUCUGGACAGAUUCUGCCCAUUCUCAAAAAGCUUGAGAUGCAUUUUACUGUUACUGAUGGGGACACAGUAUUUGUGUCCUACCUUAAAAAGCAAGUUUGGGGAAAUCUGUCAAAGCGUUACCAGAGUGAUGAAAUCAGGAGCUUUCUGGAAGAGGCUACUGCUUUGGACCCACGCUUCAAACAAAAGAUGGACGAUAAUGCUGUUGUCUGGGACCGGAUCAAGGGGAAGUUCCUGGCCAAAAAUCUGACCGACUCUGAGAAGUCAACAGAUCUAGACUGUGGAGGAGAUGGUGACGAGAACAUGGAAGGAAUGGAGAGUGAGGCAGAGGAGAAUCAAAUGCAUCCCUGCAAAACCCCCAAAAUGACCCCAUUGGAGGAGCUGUUUGCUGAUGAGGAUGCCCAAAAGGUGACACCACAGCAGAAUUCCAUGUCCAUCCAGGACCAGGUAGAGAAGGAGCUGCACAUGUACAAGGCUAUACCACGCAUAGUUACUUCUGAUGACGCUGCGGCCUGGUGGUGGAACAUGAGAACAACCUAUCCUUGCCUGUCAGACAUGGCCUUCUCAUAUUUAUGUGUCCAGGCUUCCUCUACACCCAGUGAACGUGUUUUCUCGACUGCUGGUGACACAAUCUGUGCUGAACGCUCACGCAUACUGCCUGAGAAGGCAGAUAUGCUUGUUUUCCUCAACAAGAACUGUUUUUAAA